GCCUGCCUGGCAAGUGCAAUGUCAUGAGUUCAAUCCUUGGUACCAAAAAAAAAAAAAAAAAAAAAAAAAAAAAAAAGUGGUUUAGCUCAGUGAUUUUGAUUCAGUAGUUUGAUGCAGUUCUGCUCCAUAAAAGGUAGCAGCCAGUGAGAGGGGAUCCAAGCGGUUAGAAAAGACAAUGAAAGUUGAAAGUUGUUCUGCACAAAAUGAAUGUGAGCCAAUUAGCAUGUUUAGGUGAGCUGUAGACACCCCUGCCAAUGGGCAAGGAGUGCAGCCAGAGGAACCGGGGCUGCUUGGCUCCGCUCAGGCUGCCUCUGAGCCCCGCCUCCUCCUCUGUGUUCUUUCUGUUUUACAGUUAUGGAAAACCGCGUUAUUGCCAGCAGAGCAGUAUGCAGAAGCGUUUCACCACUGGAAGCUUCCAUUUUCUCUACCAGCGUAUUUUCUUCCCAGCCCCUCCUUGGAAGCACUGGUCUUUUUACUAUCUCGAAACUUUAACUUUUCCAGAAUGUUUUAUAGCUGGGAUCAAAUAGUAUGAACAUAUUCAGACUGACUUCUUUUGGCAUAAUCUAUUUCAAGUUCCUCCUUGUGGUUUCCUGGAUUGAGAGUUCAUUUAAUUUUGGAUACUGUUAUAUUAUAUGACUAUACCAUAGUUACUUGUGAAAGACAUUUUGGUUAUUUAUUCCAGUGUUUUUUAUAGUAGUGAAUAAACCGCUGUGGACAUGCAUGUAAAGUAGGUGUGUGUGUGUGUGUGUGUGUGUGUGUGUGUGUGUGUGUGUAUACAAGUCUUCAUUUUAUUUGGAGAAACAUCUAGGAAAAUAUUUGCUGCCUUGUAUGGUUAGACUACAUAUGGCUUUGUAAAAAACUGUCAAACUACCUCCUACUAUGACUGAAGCAUUUUGCAUUUCCACUGCCAUGAAUGAGAGUGCCUGUGUUCCACAUCGCUGAUAGCAUUUCAGAUGGUCAGCUUUUUAGAUUUUAGCUAUUCUAAUGGAAGUGAACCAAUAUUUCAUUCUUGUUUGAAUUUACAGAACUUUUGGUUAUAUUUUUACAUAUUUAUUUGCUACUGAUUUGUUUUUAUUUUUGGUGAGGUGCCUAGGUUUUUAAAACAUGCUAAUUGCUUUUUUACUGUUAUAUGUUAAGAGUUCUGUGUGUGUCUUGCACAUCAAUCCUUCACCAAAUCUGUAUUUUACAAAUAGUUUCUGCCAGUAUGUGAGCUGUUUUUCCCUUCUUUUAACCAUCCCUUUCAUUUUGGCCUUUUUUUACAGUUAGAUUUUAUUGGUACAUUUUAGAUAUACAUAAUGAUCACAUUCAUCAUAGAGAAUUUGUACUUGUAUGUGAUACAACUUUUAACCAUGGCUUGCUCAAAGCAGCAAUAUUGAGCUUUAAUGAAGUUCAGCUUACUGAUAGUUUUCACUCACACAUGGUGCUUUCUUUUAUGAAUAGCAUAUCUAAGAAGUCAUCAUUAAAGAUCACAGGUAUUAUUUUAUGUUACCUUUUAAGAAUGCCUUAAUGUAUUUUAUGUAGUUUUAAGAAAAUACUUGGAUCUGGGUACUUUAUAAAGGAAAGAGUCCUUUUGUUAUAGUUUUGUGUUUAUCGUUCGUGGAUUUUCAGUGCUGUGCAUUGACUCAAGGUCUUACACAUGCUAGACAAGCGCUCUACCACCUCGAUUAAAUCCCUAGCCUAGGACAAGAUUUUCUUUUGGCUUACAGUUCUGGAGGUUAAAUGGUGACUGCAUCUGGUGAGGUUCUGUGUUGUUUCACAACGUGGAAGCUGGUACCUCAGAGUGGGAGCAUGGGUAACAGUUCACAUGGUGAGAGAAGACAACAACUUGUUCUCCAGGGAGCUGGGCUGGUCCCGCCAUCUUUGCACACUGAAUUAAUCAUGGAGGAGGAGCCCCAUGAUUUCAUCAUCCUUUAGAUUCUUCUCCCAACCUUGCCUCAAUACCAUUGCAUUGAGAACCAAUUUUCUAGCAUGUGAAUAUUUGGAGGGCACACUUGCACUGUAUCCAAAGCCCAGCAAGGAGUCUUACAGUUUUGUACUUCUUCUGUAUAUCUUUGGUGUAUUUAUAUCUAGAGUAAAUCUACCUAGAUUUGUUUAUACUUUGUAUGCAGAUGUCCAGUUGUUCCAUCUCCACUUGUUAAGAAAUUGUCCUUUCUCUAUGAAAUUGUACCUUUGGUGAAGAUCACUUGACUUCUUUACGUAGGCCUGUUUCUAGGGUCUGCAUGCUUCUCCACUGAUCUUUUUCUCUUAUUUUUCUUUCUUCACCAGUUCUAUCUUGUAUUCCAUACUGUAGCUUUACAGUAAGUCCUAAAGUUGGAAGUGUCAGUCCUCUGGGGAAUUUUCAAAUCUUUGCCAUGAGAAUGCGGUUGAGUUCCUAGAAGUAAAAAGUACAAAAAAAUGGGUAUUCUGUAACUCUUAUCCCCGAGGAGUUUUAAAUUCUCAGGUAAAGCCCCUCAGCUACCACUAGUUUGACAAUUGACACUUAAGUGUUCCUAUCAGUUGUUUGAUCUGAGUAGUUUCUGGUUUUUUUUUUUUUUUUUUUUGCGUACUGGCAGUGAUCAAACUCAUGUCCUCACACUUGCCAGGCAGGGGCUGUACUCCUGAGUUGCAUCCCUGGCCCUCCUAGUAGUUUCUGUUCUUGGUCUGCUGUAACAGAAUAAAUGGAAAAUUUAUUCUGUCUUUUUUGUUUUUGGGGUGAUGGUCCUCCCAUCGACCAAUUCUUUGACUAAUUAAUAGAUUUUUUUUAAACUUUUUUUUUUUAAAUUGGUACUGGGGAUUGAACUCAUGAUCACCUGCUUGCAAGGCAGGUGCUUAUGCGGCUGAGCUAAAUCCCCAGCCCCUAAUUAAGAAAUUUUUAAAAAAAUUGUGAGAAGUGGUAGCUUUUCAGAUAGCUGCAUGUCCAGUACAAAAGUAAAAUGUCCUGUAAAAAUUGUACAUGACAAGAUCACCAAUCAUAGAUGUAUAAUUCAAUGAUUUUACUUGGUUGGUAGAACUGUGUAACCAUCCUUUGCCUUUCCUUUUAGAAUACUAUUGUCACCUCUCCACAUUCUCUUAAGUCUCUUUGCUGGCAUUGUCUUCAUUCCUGCUCACCAUGAAUGUGUUUGAGUAAAGCAAACAUUUGCAAAACUCUUAUUAAGUUUAAAUUCCUACUAGAUUAGGGUUUUAUGCAGUGGAUGAUUCUGUUUAUUUUUCAGAGAACUAAUGGAAAGAUUUUAUUCUAAGGACAUAGUUUGGGAGACCUUAAGACUAGUGGCUAUUUCUUGCUGUCCUUGAUUUGGCCUCUCUUUGAUGGUGACCUAUAAAUCUUGUGCGGUGAGCUCAAAGGAAGAAGGUGGUAGAAAAAAUCUUUGAUUAGAAAGAGAUAAUUAAUUUGUAGGGAGUGUUCUUUAGAGUUAAUAAUUUUACCAUUUGUAUUUUUUCACAAAUUUUGUUGGAUUAAAGAGGCAUUAAGUGAGUGCAAUGCUUUUCAUCUCUCUUUUAGGGCCUGAAAAGUCUCUUAGUCUUUCUGUGUCUCACUUUCUUCCUUGCUAAGCUAAAGGUCAGACUGUAUCUCUGAGGGCCCUCCCUGAUUACUUUUGCUGAAUCCUUCAGUGGUAUGAGGUGUGCUUUUAGGUUUUAUGGGGGACUCUACCUAAAAACUGAUUUGAUCUGCACUCUAUGUGUCUCUUACAGGAGCCCGAGCUGCAUCGAGUUCCUGAGAAACCAUUGCUGAAGGAGGAGAUGGAAGAAAAGAUGUCAGCGGGUUUGGAGGUUGAGGGUAACUCAGAAUGGGCAACGUCCUGGUGAGGCAAGUGGCAACUGAAGAGGUUAGAGUAAGAAUGUUGUAUUCAGAAGUUUCAGGAGAAGCCUAAGAGUGCCUCAUCCUCCAUCCCUUGCAGAAGCAGCCUGAGCUGAGCAGCACUGAGUGGGAGGGAAAUGUAUUCCAGAGUGGAUUUGUUCACCUGCUCAGUGAGCUCCUCUCAGGGAGGAUUUAAGACAGGUUUAUAUUGCCUGCAAGCUCCAACUUCACAUGAAGGAUGAUAUGACCAUGAGGCUCUGCCCUGGGUCCCAGGGCAUAAAAUUGGAAGCUGCCCUCACAGUUGACAUCCAUAAAGUGAUAUGGACUCAGAGGGAAUAAACUCAGAGGGAAUAAACAAGACUUACAGAUGUUGAAAACCACUAUUUGUGUGCUCAGCAGUUCUGUUCUAAUUUAAGGAGCUCAAGGGUAGUAGAACUUGUUCUUCAUAACUAGCAACUUAUGCCUUCUUUGUCUACUUUCAGUUGAGAAAAGUUUGAAUGAAGCCAGCAUUUCUCACAUGUUUGCUAAAUAGCUUAGUUAUCUUACCCUUUGUAAAAAAAAAAACCUGGGGGUUUAAAUAUAAGUCAUAUUUCAGUGGAGAAACAAGAGUCAUGAAGGAAACCACAGAAACAGUUUCAAUAAAAUGUGGUCAUCGCCCUCAACCGAGGAAGUACGGAAUGUGGGUGGGCAGGUCAAAGAUGGUGUUCCUAAAGCAGGGCGUGGUGGCGUACACCUGUAAUCCUCGGACUGGGGAGGCUGAGGCAGGCGGAUAUUUGUGAGUUUGAGACCAGCCUGGGCGACAAAGUGAGUGCACCGACAGCCUAAGCUGCAUAGUGAGAUCUUGUCUCAAAAAAAAAAAAAAAAAAAAAAAAAAAAAAAAAAAAAAGAUGGUGUUCCUCUUGACAAGGUGACCCAACAGAGAAGACCCUGAGGACAGUCACAGUUUUCUGUAGUGCUCAAUGAUGGAAGGAAUGUGAUAAGGUUUGCAUGGUUUCUGGAGACUGUUUCCUUUUGGGAGAAUGAGAGCAUCUCUGACAGGAUGCUUGGGUAGAAAUACAAUUGUAAAAAUCAGAGGUUAUAUACUUCUUUGUGUUCUUUGACUGGAUGCUUCUGAGAGCCCUUCAGUGUUUGGCCUUUAGUUGGAAACUGUGAAUACAGAGACACAUAAAACACUAUUUCAGCAUUCAUGGAGCUCUGAGUCUCAGCAACCAGUGACUCAUGAGAGUGACUGAAACUCAUUCGAGAAAGUAACCAGCAUUGUGUGGGAAUACACCAAUGUUUGUGUUGAUUUUAUUGUUCUUUCUUUUUUCCAACAGCCAGAAGACCUGUAUUGGGAUUUCUGAUCUGUCAGAAUAAUACUAGCUAGUAGCUGGGUGUGAUGGUGCAUGCCUGUAAUCCCAGAAUUCAGGAAGCUGAACCAAGAGGAUCACUUGGAGUUCAAGGACAGCCUGGGAUACAUAGUGAGUUCAAGGACAGCCUGAAUUACAGAGUGAGACCCUCUCAAUAAAAGUAAUAUCUGUUGGUGAGGUCGAAGUGGGGCGAAAGCAGUAUAUACAGCCAAGAUCUGAAAACUAAACUGAUGACAUCGGUAAUUCCUUGCUAUUUUCUAGACAGCAGGAGAGAUGAAGAGUCUGUGGCUCUACCUUUUCCACCACAUACGUCAUCAUGGGGAUACGCACCGGCCCUUCUUGUCAUUUAAAGGACAAAGUGAGUGUUUCAGAAACUGAACAGAAAUUACGAGUGCAGCUGGAGGAAAGUAAGGAGAACUUUUACAAACUCAAAGAACGUUUUCUUCUGUCUGAAGCUACUGUCUAUGCCAUGGCUAAUGAGCUUCAAAAGCAUGGCUGUCAAAAGUUCAAAGACAUUAUUGAGUCUGUUCUGGGCGAGGAGCUAAAUUACCUGGAAGGAAGUCUGGCCGAGAAGGGGAAGCUGGUCCCAAAUUUGAGGGAAUACAGUUUCCAAAUUCAAGACCAAGACCAGAAGCUGUCCGUAUUUCAGCAGAAAUUACAGCAGGGGAUAGAUGCCUCAUAUCUCCUGUGUAAACAUCUCACGGAUCACCUCCCCUGGGAUGACCUUAAUAAUAAUCAGGGCCACAAGUUCCAUGAGCUGUUGGCUGAGGGUUGCAGGCUGGCAGAGGACCUUGUGCGAAUUCUUAGUCCAGAAAACCAGGACAAUGAAGACAAUGAAAAAGAACAGGAAUCUCUGGCUCUCAGGUAAUAAUUAUUGAAGUGCUGCAUUAGGGUGAGUAAUGUAUGUCCAGUGUCAUGACUAAUUAAGAAAAGCUAAAGGUCAGCUGUAACCGUAGAUUUUAUGAGCAGAAGUUAACAAAAAUGCUGGUGUGAUUACAUACCUUUGAUUAAUGAAGAAAUAACCUCUUUGUACAAGGCAUCCAUUUUCCUUUAGAUAUACAUCUGUACACCUAAAUACAACCAAUCUGAUUAUUAGUAUUUAACCAUACAGAAUGUAUUCUUCUCUGUUCAUGGAUCAAUUGAGGAUAAGAUGCAUGACUGGUUCUGUAUGGGUGACCUUAUCUUGUUGGCAGGGACUUCUUACCAAUGAACAUAACAAGAUAAAAGACACUAAUUGUGUCACUAUAUAUACAGGAAGUAUCUGGAAUACACAGACAUCUAAUAUUCUACAGUACCCUAGAAGCACUGAGUGUUUUGCUGUAUGAAAACAACACAGAUUAAAGAAAUGGUGGAGCUUCUAGUUUGGUUUUACGUGUCUGGUUGUGGGAUACAGAGAGCCUUAGGACUCCUUCCCUAUCAGUUCAUUUUUUAGUCAGUGCACUGGCCAUGCCUGCCUGUCUCCCUCCUUCAAGGCAGGUGGACUCUGUUCUCCUCCUAGAAGGAUAAACUUCUCUAUGUUUGAAGUUAGCAUGCCUGCUGUUGUGUGACCACUCACUUAUACCUCUGUCAGGACCACCAAGAUAUCUUGUAUUCAACUUUUCUUGCUUUAGUGAUAUUCUUUAUGUCACCAGCCUGAGCACAGAGGGAAUCAAUGAGGAAAAAGUAGCAGAAAUCCUGCCAGACUCAUUAGGUGAAGGCCCUGAGACAUCCAGCCAUCACUAUGAUUUAACUGACAUCCAUGAGCCUUUCUGCACUGCAACUGCACUGUCAGAUGCACAUGAAGUCAGAUCAUCUCUGGAUGCAGCUCAAAAUGUUCAAGAUUGUAAGGAUGAAGCCCCACUGCUAAAUAUGUCCAGGAAAGAUUUUGUCAUAAUUCAGGAUCAUGCCAAGAAGCUGACCCAGUUACGUGAGCAGCUAGGCAAAGGGAGAGAUGCCUCUUUGUCCCUUGAGCACCAUCUGGAGUUUCUUCUCACCCACGAUGACCCUGAGGACUAUCAGGGUCAAGGCUACAUACAACAACUGGCUCAGGGGUGCAAGAUGGCUGCGAAUCUUGUCCUGAUGCUCAGUGAAGGAAAUAAUGAACGAGGAAAUAAUGAAAAAGAAGAAACAGAGCUUCUUUCUAAAAUGGAUGAUCAGGAUGAGUAAGAUAUACAGGGUCACUGAGGCACCAAGAGGAAUAUGAAUCACAUUCAUGAUGCAAAGGGGAAUGUAAACUUCUGUUUUUAGCAGUUUCAUUCCACCAAUCCACCUUGCCAAUGUCCUUUUUGCAAAUUUCUAUAUUUUUCUUAUGAAGAGGAGUUGGUUUGAGUAAACCUCAGAGGUUUCUUGUUAUCCUAGAUCACUCCUGUCCUCUUGUGUAUGGUCAUAUUUACAUUACCUUCAGGUGAUUGUCAGAAAUUUUAGUCUGAAAGGCAACUAGGGGAGAGCCAGUUCCAAGCCUCUCUGUGAGUUAGUGGCAUUUGCAGACUGUGAAGGGAUAGAACCUGGCCCCACAAGGAGGAGAUCCCUGCCUGGAAGUCAUAUCAUUUUCAAUGUUUUGUUGGGUUUUUAAUCUUCUUUUUUUUUGUUUAUGUAACUCUAAUUGCAUUAACAACUAUUUAAAAGAUAAAAAGACGUGUUAUGGAAGCCACUAUGUAUUUACUACUGGCUUGUUUUGGUGUUCUUUAUUGCCUUCAUUGUUUUGUUUUUAUUGUCUCUAUUGUAUCCUGUUCUGUUCAAUUUUUAAUAUGUCCAUAGGUGGUGUCUGUAACUAUUUUGAAGACAACAAAGGCACUGUGGUAAUUAUUGUUAAUUUCAUGAGGUUUGGAAGUCCUAUAUCAUUUAUGAUGGUUUAUUUUGAUUGAUUUUGUUUUAUUUUUCUUUGUUUUAUACUCUUUAAAAUAAAAAACUUAAAAAAAAAGAAAGGCAAUUGGGAGAGUAUACAAUACAAUUCACAUACUAUGCAUAUAUUUACAAAUAGACACAACAGUUAAUAUUCAUAGGAUUGGAUCAAAUUUUGCAUGUUUGUGUCUGGUGAACUCUGAGGAACCCUUGAAGAUCACUAUGUAAAAUAACAACCUUAGUUAUGUUCCUACCACUUUCUUUUGAAGGUCUAUAUUGUCAUUGUUUUGAGGUCUUUGCUAUUGCUAUUUAUUUGUCUUUUUUGUUUCUCUCUCUCUUUUUUGUUUUUUUUUUGGUACUGAGGAUUGAACUUGUGACCUUGCACUUGCCAGGCAGGAACUUAUGCCACUGAACUAAAUCUCCAGCUGUUUCUUGUUUUUCUAGUGAUUUGUUUUAUUUUCCCCUACAUCAUAGGUGUACAUGUAGAGGUUUAUACAUGCCUAGAACUUCUCCUAAACAAACUAUGAGAAUUGAUUGUAUUAUGCGUGAUAGAACAGUUACUUUGAAGAAAAAGAGACAUUAUGGUAUCCAUUGCUGAUUUCCUGUUAUCAUGCUGUGAAAUCCAGUAAUGCUUUUAUUCUUUGUUCAAAGUGGUUUUAUUCUGCUUUGUAUUACUUAAAUUCAACAUACAUGAAGGAAUGGACAGCUAUUUUGAAGAUAAAAAGAGACAUUACAGUAACCAUUAUUAACUUUCCUAUUGUCUGGUUUUGAAUGCGUGUAAUACUUUCAUUAUUCUAUUUUGAUCAGCUUUAUACUAUUUUGUUUUGUGUGAAUUUAUUGUGUAUGAAGAUACCGACAACUAUUUAGAAGAAAACAAGAGACAUUGUAAUAGCUAAUGUUGAUCUCCUGUUGUCUUGCUUUGAAAUCCUGUAUCACUUAACAUUGUUUUCUUGUGAUCUGCUUUGUUUUGUUUUGUUUUACCCUCUUUAAAAUAAAAAAGAUAUAUGCAUAUAUAUUUGUAUGGUAUCACAACUUUCAAAGACAAAGAAAGCAUAAGAAGUAUGGGAAUGUACAGGUCUCCAGGAGUUACCUUGACUGUUUGACAUUCAAAACACUGAUGCACUGUUGCCAAAAGUGUGCCAGAUUUAUGUUUUGAAAGUUUUAACAUGAUAUUCUCAGAGAAAUUUCUCCCAGUGGUCUAUUGACCUGUCAGUCAUUGAGCUCUAAUUACAUAUAUUCACUCUUUAUUUUACUUUAGGGAUUUAAAUUUUCUAAUUGGAGUUCAGGCCCGAGACUUGACUAAAUUAAGGCAGAAGUUGGAGGAAGGACGCGAUACUGCCUCCACGCUCCAUCAGAAUCUGAACAGUCUCUUUGCUGCUGAUGACCAACACAGAUGCCAUAUGCGGAGUCUCAGACACAAAGUUGCUGAGGGGUGCAAGCUGGCCAAAUGCCUUGCCCACAAACUGAGCCCAGGUAAUCUAGAUGAUGAGGAUGAGGAUGAUGAUGAUCAAAUGACUCUGGAUUCCAGUGUAUGUGAGGAGGAAGAAAAUGAAGUCCUGUCAGAUUCAUUAGAUGACAAGUUUUUCCAACCUUCCUGUCAUCCCAAUGUGGCUAACCCACAGAAAUGUGCAAGCAGCACCACUUUCUCAUCACAGAAGCCUGAAGACUGCUCUGCCAAGGAUGGACCCAAGCUGAAUUUGGAUGUCUGUCUUGAAAUGAAGACUCCUCCCAAGUUGGAGAGUGAUGCUUUUGAAAGUUCAGCUGUUAUCACUGAUGCACUUACUAUCUCUGGCCUCUGUGACAAUGACAGUGUCCUGAAACAGAAGAUUAUUAAAAGAAAACUAUGGUUAUGCAAAUGGAAAAUAGCUUGCAGAUUCCCAAGCCUUCAGGCUACUUUUGAUGCUUCCCAUGGAAUGAAGAAUCCUCCCAAGCUGGAAGGUGAUGCCUUUGAAGGCUUAGCUGCAAUCAUUCCUGAGUCUCCAAUCCAUGGUCUCUGUGAUGCUGACAGUGUCCUGAAACAGAAGAUUAUCAAAAGAAAACUACAGUUAUGCAAAUGGAAAAUGGCUUGCAGAUUCCCAAGCCUUCAGGCUACUUUUGAUGCUUCCCAUGGAAUGAAGAAUCCUCCCAAGCUGGAAGGUGAUGCCUUUGAAGGCUUAGCUGCAAUCAUUCCUGAGUCUCCAAUCCAUGGUCUCUGUGAUGCUGACAGUGUCCUGAAACAGAAGAUUAUUAAAAGAAAACUAUGGUUAUGCAAAUGGAAAAUAGCUUGCAGAUUCCCAAGCCUUCAGGCUACUUUUGAUGCUUCCCAUGGAAUGAAGAAUCCUCCCAAGCUGGAAGGUGAUGCCUUUGAAGGCUUAGCUGCAAUCAUUCCUGAGUCUCCAAUCCGUGGUCUCUGUGAUGCUGACAGUGUCCUGAAACAGAAGAUUAUCAAAAGAAAACUACAGUUAUGCAAAUGGAAAAUGGCUUGCAGAUUCCCAAGCCUUCAGGCUACUUUUGAUGCUUCCCAUGGAAUGAAGAAUCCUCCCAAGCUGGAAGGUGAUGCCUUUGAAGGCUUAGCUGCAAUCAUUCCUGAGUCUCCAAUCCAUGGUCUCUGUGAUGCUGACAGUGUCCUGAAACAGAAGAUUAUCAAAAGAAAACUACAGUUAUGCAAAUGGAAAAUGGCUUGCAGAUUCCCAGGCUUUUGUGCUUAAGUUGCACAGGCAACCAUAUUUCUGGCUUCGGACACACUUAUUAACACACUCUCUAGGAUUGAAGCUCAUUCUACUAGUGUUGUUUGUCCUGAUAAUUUAUUCCAUCCGGUAUUCAAUACAACUUUUGUACGGUUGCACCACUGUUUUCCAUGGGUUGCUACCCUUGUUUUCAUCUGCUGUUCGGACUCUGAACUCUGCUCUGUUGGUACUGCUUCUGUCAAGUGGUCACCGCAUCAUAGGAGAGACGCCUUUUAAACUCUGGGAAAUAUGUCAUGUUCCUGAAAUCAGAUACUUUCUGGCUCUUUUGCCUUGUCUCCCAACCCUCCCUACCUCUGGUAGCUUUUUGAUCUAAGAGCACGACUUCAUUAACAAUUGCACCAAGACUCUCCUCUUUGGCCUGAUUAAGGGAUCCAAACUAAAUCAAUCUUUAAUUCUCAACUUAAAGAUGCAAAUGAAGAGUGUUAAAAUUGCUGAGAAACACCUUUUCUCAUAAAAUCUAAAUUGGAAUCAUAGCUCUACAAGGGAGAAUCAUCUUGGUCUUAAGACAGUUUUGCCUCCUCACCUAUAUGCACCCGUAAAAUAUCCCUAGAUAAAGUCUCCAUAGAACACAUAAGUUAGUAUAAAGGCAUAGACUAUGAUCUGUUUAAGCAUUGUUUGUUUGUUUCUUAUUGUUUCCAUUUCUACUUUUGCUCAUUGAGGUAAGAGUGCAAAAUGCAACUCUGCUAUAUCCAAUGCCUGCCGAUAUAAGAGAGCACUUUAAUGAACUUUGAGAAAAGUGAAGCCAAAAACCAGCUUUACCUCUUAAAUGGUCAGAGGUACCCUUUGAGCAUCAGUGUUUGUAAAAAGGUCUCAAAACAUCUUUAAAUUAGAAGGACUAUUGGUCUGCUUCAUCUCGAGUCAUCAACAUGGAAGUGCUCAAAUGCUUAGUUCCUUCACUACAAAGGCUGAAGAUCCAGCAGCCGUGGAGGGAAUUUGCAUUCCUUUCUCAACAAGACUGUGUUACAUGGAUAAAAUUCCAAGGAAGAGCAUGCAGAUGGAUACAUUAGACUGUAGCCUCUCUACUUGAAGCACAAAUGUGUAUCUCUUUUAAAAUGAAAUAAAAUAGGAAAUAGUUGGUAAUAAGUGUAUUGAAAUUCACUAUCCAAAAAGCAGUACCUACUUCAGUUGCACGCAGUGUAAUUUAGUGUUUAUCAUUUAAAAUAUAAAAUGUAGGGCCAGGGAUUUAGCUCAGCAACUCAAGUGAUUGCAUGGUAAGCCUGAGGUGAGUUUGAUCUCUGGUGUGUGUGUGUGUGUGUGUGUGUGUGUGUGUGUGUGUGUGUGUGUGUGUAUGUAUAACCAUACUAACUACGUAGCAGUUUUAUUAGAUCAGCACUACAAUGCUUUAUGUUUGGUCAAUUAUUUACUUUAGGUAAAUUCCAUAGAUAAAACCCUUUGAUGUUGCUCCCUUGAAGGAAAUAUAACAAAUACUCAAAACUGAA